CUUUGUGCGCUGCUCAGAACUGGAUACAUUUCAGCACUGAUGGACAGUUAUUCACUAGAGGCCAGUACAGCUGUAGCUCCACAGGACUUUCAUCUCCAGUAUACAAGGGUGCUGAUAUGUCUAAGGUUCCUUCUUUGACACCUGUCUGUUUCUGGAAAGAGGUAUAUUGCCGAGCUGCUUACCUACAGCAGAAUUGGGCCAAGGGAAGAUACACAGUGGUUCCACUGCUUCGAGGUCACAGAAAAAGAGUGAACUGUCUUGAUUGCGAUGGACAGUAUGUCGUCAGUGGAAGUGAUGAUAAGUCAGCUAGAGUAUGGAAUCUAUUUACUGCACACUGUUUGCAUGUCUUAGACGUUCACACUGAUGCUGUAACAUGUGUUGUAAUAAAGAAUGAUUAUGUCCUAACUGGUUGUGCAGAUAAUCAUAUUCGAAUAUUUCGAGUACAAACUGGUGUUUUUAUGCAAACCCUGAUGGGACACAGUGCAAGUAUUGAGCAUUUAUGUUUCGAUGGACAUAGGGUGCUCAGUGCCAGUGCAGACAGAACCUUGAGGGUAUGGACACUUGAACUAGGCUGUUGCAAACAUGUUCUUACAGGUCAUGAAGAUGACAUCCAGUUGUUAACCAUGCAAGAUACUUUGGCUGUUAGCACAUCCUGGGAUCGCUAUAUCAGAAUGUGGGACUUGGAGACGGGGAACUGCAUAAAAUCACUGAGCAGUCAGAACCAAGUAGUCCACUGCUGUCAGUUUGAUAGCAGAUUCUUGAUAUUUGGAGGUUCAGAAGGUCUGGUAGUUAUAAUUGAAACUGGCAAAGAACCUGAUGACGUUAAUGGCAUGCACCGGUGUGAAGGCCACUCAAGUGAUGUGUACUGUUUGGUUUUCAAUGAGAAGAUUGUAUGCUCUGGUUCAGCAGACAGCACUAUCAGAGUGUGGGAUUUUACAGGAAAGUGUCUCUUCACCUUCUAUGAGCACAUUGGGGUUGUAAGAUGUCUCCAUCUGCAUGGGAACAGACUUGUAAGUGGUGGUGACAGGAAGAAAAUUGUAGUCUGGGAUGUCCAGGCUGGAAUGCUACUGAAUGUAGUACACAGAAAUCCAACCCUUCUACACAAAUGGUGGGUGAAUGAAACAAGGAUAAUAACUGCUUCUCCGGAAUCCCCAGGUACUCUCACCAUUCUUAGCUAUUGGUAGAGGAAGACUACCAAUGUUUAAAAUCGAAAACAAUACUGCAGCAGGAUCAGGUACUAACUGAAAACUUUAUGAAGUUGGAAGAUGUACAGAAGUAAUGAAACAGAAGACACAUUUAACUUUUUGAUUUAUAAAAUAAUGAAAUACAGAGAAGAAAUUGCACAUUAAUAAAUAUGAAGUACUUAAGGUACUGUGAAUCAUUGGACAGCCUAAACAUAUGUUGAUUU